AUGUCUAGAGAAGUCCCUGUCGCGAUGGAGAGCCCCCAGAUGGGCUAUAACAAUGAUGAGGAGAGGAAUGCGAAGUACUCAGCUCCCGAGAGCAUUGAUCAGGGGCAAGAGAUCCUGGCUAUUCUGGACCUCGAUCCUGCGCUGAGUAGGAAGAUGCACCUUGUGAACAAUACCUUGGACGAGAUUGGCUGGACACCAUAUCACUGGAAACUGUUCUUUCUUAAUGGCUUUGGAUAUGCCGUGGACGCUUUGCAACUUUCUCUCCAAGGGAUCAUCGCCACCCAGGCAGUCUACGAAUUUCAACCUUCUUACAAGAAGGGCCUCACAAUCGCAGUCUACAUCGGGAUGCUUGUUGGUGCCCUAUUUUGGGGCUUGGGCGCUGACAUCAUCGGACGGAAAAUCGCUUUCAACGUGUCACUAUUCAUCUGUGCGGUUUUCACCAUCGUCGCCGGUGCAGCACCCAACUGGGUUUCGCUUGGAUUCUUCAUCGCCCUCGCAGCCUUCGGUGCUGGUGGAAACUUGGUUCUCGACACUACGGUCUUCUUGGAAUAUUUACCCUCUAACAAGCAAUGGCUUGUAAUCUGGCUUGGUGCUUGGUGGGGAGUUGGCUGUACGACUGCAGGGUUGGUUGCUUGGGGUUUUAUGCCAAACUACAGCUGUUCCGACCCAACUGCGGCACCAUUUACACCCUGCACCAAGGCCAACAACAGCGGCUGGAGGUACCUGAUGUACACCAUGGGAGCAAUGAUAUUUGCCAUGAGUGUUGCUCGAGUCACAAUUAUCCGUCUCAAGGAAACUCCGAAAUUCCUUCUCGGACAAGGCGAAGAUUCCAAAGUGGUCGAGAAUUUCCAAGGGUUGGCAUCGAAAUACGACCGGCCAUGUUCCCUUACCGUGGAACAGCUCGAAGCAUGUGGCACCAUCAGCUCUGCUCACUCAAAGUCUCGAUUCUCCGUCGGCGAAGUUUGGAUCCAUAUCCGGAGUUUGUUUAUGACGAAAGAGCUGGCCUCCACGACUUUUCUCAUCUGGUUAUCGUGGUCUAUGAUUGGGCUCGCGUACCCCUUGUUUAAUGUAUUCUUGCCGUCGUAUCUUGCCAGUCGUGGCAUUCAGUUCGGCGUCACCAGUACAUAUGAGACUUGGAGAAAUUACGCUUUAGUCCAAGUCUGUGGUAUCUUUGGGCCUAUGCUCGGUGGUCACAUGGCAAAUUGGAAGCGCUUAGGGCGUCGUUAUACGAUGGUUAUUGGUGCUGUUAUUACCAUGGCCUUCUUCUUCGCCUACUCUCAGGUCACUUCUCAGGUUCAGAACAUCACGUACAGUUGCGUUAUAUCUUUUACUCUGGAGAUAUAUUACGCUGCACUGUAUGGAUAUACGGCCGAGGUGCUACCAUCUGCUCAUAGAGCCACGGGCAAUGGCAUCGCAGUGGCUUUUUGUCGGCUUAUGGGCGUAAUGUCUGCUGUUAUUGCUACCGUUGCAAACACAGCAACCACAGGACCCAUCUUCAUAUGUGGUGCAUUGUAUGGCGGUCUUGCUAUUUGUGCAUUCCUGUUUCCAUUUGAACCAUACGGUAGACGAGCCUCUUAG